AUGGGGAUGCAGCUAUUCGCGAUUCUCGCCAGCCGCAGAGACCUAGAAACGGCAGUGCCAACUGUGCCCGUUUCUAGCGAGUUUCCAUAUAGAGAGCGCACAGGGAAAGCUUGCUUUCUAUGUGAAAAUAUCGGUGAGAUGGGGCACGAGGAUAGCAACGAGAGGAAAUGCACAUACUGCAGUCCCUCCGUCAAGUUACCAGACUCAGCGCCAAGGAUAUUGGAGCAUAACGCCGCACACAUCCAUUUCAACCCAAAGAUCAACGCGUCAGCGCAGCCUUGCGGACUCUGCCUGAGGCCGCAUGUCUGUGUCUUCUACCUUCGGAAAGGCAAGGGCGCCGGUGCUUCUCCCACAGUCGAUCACGACAAAUCGAGCUGCACGAACCUAAUGCCUUUCCGCUAUUCCAAAGCAGCGAAGUCUGAUGCCGCGGCGCCAUGCUCCAAUGUACCCCUCCACUGCCCAAAAUGCCCCACCAACGCCCCAGCGAUCUGGCGUUACAACCUACUGUUCCACCUCCGGGAGAAGCAUCCAGCAGUUGUCCUGGAGCCACUCAGAUCACUAUGGUUUGUCUCUGAGACGGAGAAAGAGCUUUUAUACGGAAUAUGGAAAAAUCGGAACAAGCAACGGAAGUUGCGACGCCGCGCGAAACCGCCGAUGAUACUGACUGUCUCCGAUGCGCAUACCACAAGACGAGCAUUGAGUCCGGGUUGUGGAACAACGAUGGAGGGUCAAAAGUGGGGUGAUGACAAAAUGGUGGACUCGGAGGCAGACGAGGAAGAGGAAGAACAUGGCGAGUGGUUUGACACGGAGAUUGUGGACUCGGGAAAUGACGAUGAUGAUGACGACUCUGAAAACGCUAGCGAAACAGAAGUAAAUUGUGGUCAGCGACCUGAUCCUGAAGCAUACGGCCAAGCGGACUCACCAAACGCCCUGGAUGCACCCCAACAGCCAUCGGACCUGGCACAAUUGCAUAACAGCACCCCAGCGCAGUCCUGCGACGACUCUGAAGACUCCAUGAUGACUUUGCAGGCCGGUCUGGCACCACCCCUGGACGUAUAUCUGGCGGUCCACCACAUCUCCAGAUGA